CAAAAUCCCUCCUCCCUCUUCCCUCCUCCCUCCUCCUCCUCCUCCUCCUCCUCUCUGCCUGCCAGUAGCCCCUCUCAGGCCGCGUAGGGGAGCAUUCACACCCCGCUGUCGGCGUUUAGCGGAUGGGGCUCUCAGCUUGAGCCGGAGGGAGGAGGAGGAGAACGAUGAACGGUAACCCGUGUGCCCGCAGGCUGGCCCGGCGCUCCAAGUCCGCCCUGCUGGUGGCCGCUUUGGCCGUCCUGCUGGUCCAGACUCUCAUCGUGUGGAACUUCAGCAGCCUGGACUCUACCGGCGGGGACGGAGGCGCCAGGAGUCGGGAGAAGAGAGACGAGCGAGCCGCGGGGCUCAACAAAGCCGACAGGGAGCACCCGCGGAGGGGGCUGCACAAGAGGGGCGACCCGCCGCCGCCGCUCGGAAAGGCGGCCGUCCGGCACAAGCUGCAGGCGGAUGUUUAUCACUCCCACCGCCCUAAAGAGAAACUUCACCUGGACAGCAAUAACAAUGAGAACUCCGUCCCCAAAGACUUCGACACCAUCGACAGCAACAGCAACCUGGGAGCGCGAUCCCAACGCCAACGUGUGCCGGUCGCAAACGCCAAACACAAACUGGAUAAAGUCCAAGCGCAAGGUAUGCUGGGAAAAUCUGCAAAUGAAGUCCUCAAACACCCUCCCAUCCAACCCAGAGGGACGGGACACAAUCACAACCGCACCCACAUCCGUAAACCCCACCCGCAGCUGCCCACCGUCCCGGCGCCGGCUCAGGGCUCCAAUCAGGAUCCGCCGUUCUACCCGUCGAAGAAGGCCGCCACGGCGCUGCCGCCCAGGCUGGAGCCGAGGAAGGAGCAGCCUCAGUGCGAGAUUAACGGGAAGGAAGCCAUCUCUGCUCUGUCCAGAGCAAAGACCCGCGAGUGUCGGCAGCAGAUAGUGGAGGUCUACUGCAAACACAAAGACCGGGCGCUGAUGCCCGAGAAAGUGCCGCGCUACUGCCCCGUCGAAGGUAAGACUAAUGUGAACGUACCUUGGGAUGAGGAGCCCUCCUCGGAUUCCGCCGCUCGCCCGGCGCCGGUGCGGAUCGCCUUCGUCCUUGUCAUCCACGGCCGAGCCUCGCGUCAGUUCCGGCGUCUCUUCAAAGCCAUCUACCACACCUCCCACUACUACUACAUCCACGUAGACCAGAGGUCCAAUUACCUCCACCGAGAGGUGUCGCUGCUGGCCAGCCAGUACCCGAACGUUCGGGUGACUUCCUGGCGGAUGUCCACCAUCUGGGGCGGGGCCAGCCUGUUGACCAUGUACCUGCGCAGCAUGGAAGACCUUCUCAAAAUGUCCGACUGGUCCUGGGACUUCUUCAUCAACCUCAGCGCUGCGGACUACCCCAUCAGGACCAAUGAACAGCUGGUGUCUUUUCUGUCCAAAUACCCCAACAUGAACUUCAUCAAGUCUCACGGCAGAGACAACGCACGUUUCAUCCGUAAACAGGGUCUGGACCGUCUCUUCUACGAGUGUGACACCCACAUGUGGCGCCUCGGGGACCGAAAGAUCCCAGAGGGCAUCGCGGUGGACGGAGGCUCCGAUUGGUUCCUGCUCAACCGGGUCUUUGUGGAUUAUGUGGUGAACUCCCGAGACGAGCUGGUCAGCAGCAUGAAGCGCUUCUACGCCUACACACUGCUGCCUGCCGAGUCAUUUUUCCACACCGUGCUGGAGAACAGCGCCCACUGUGAGUCCAUGGUAGACAACAACCUGCGGCUCACCAACUGGAACCGCAAACUGGGAUGUAAAUGCCAGUACAAGCACAUUGUGGACUGGUGCGGCUGCUCGCCCAACGACUUCAAGCCCUCCGAUCUGCCGCGCUUCCAGCAAGUGUCCAGACCCACCUUCUUCGCCCGGAAGUUCGAGGCCAGCGUCAGCCAGGAGAUCAUCAGCCAGUUGGACUCCUACCUGUUCGGAGCGUACGCCUCAGGCACGCCGGGCCUCCAGGCCUACUGGGAAAACGCUUAUGAGCAGGAGACGGACGGCCCCGCCAGCCUGUCGGACUCCUCGCUCAGCCACUACCACGCCUUCGCUCGUAUGGGACUGAGCCGCGCCGCCGGCUCGCUGCAGGGCCAUCCCAACGACAACAGCUGCAGGUACGUGGCCAUGAGCCACCCGGUGUCGGUCCACCUCUACUUCCUGUCCGACCAGUUCCAAGGAUACCUGGUGCGUCACAUGGCCACCAACAGAGCUUCCACCCAGCUGGAGAGCCUGGAGACCUGGGUGACACCCAGAGACCACUUCACCCUGGCCAGCCCCCCCUUCCCCAACAACCGCCUGCAGCACGUCCAGGUGGGGAUGGACUGGGAUCCUAAGGAGCGUCUCUUCAGGAACUGGGGUGGUUUGCUGGGACCGGAGGACGAGCCGGUGGCCGUGCAGCGCUGGAGCCGAGGCCAGAGCAACCUGACGGCCACCGUGGUGUGGAUCGACCCCACCAACGUCAUCGCGGCGACCUACGACAUCCUGGUGGAUGCCUCCGCCGAGGUCACCCACUACCGGCCACCUCUCACCUCGCCGCUGAGGCCCGGCGUGUGGACGCUGAGGGUGCUGCACCACUGGACCCCGCUGGGCCAGACCAGCUUCAUCGUGGCUCCGCUGGAGUUCCACCGACAACAGCCGAUACAGCAAGAAGCGUCUCUGCGGCUGCACGGCGGCCCGGCCAGGAACUCCUACAUGGAGCAGAGUUUCCACGGUCUCAACCCGGUGCUGCAGCUGCCGGUGAGCUUGGGCGCCGUGGAGGAGGCCGAGGCCAACGCCAGCCUGACUGGGGCGCCGCUGCGUCGCUGGCUGGACCGUCUGCUGGAGGGCCACUGGUCCGCCGCGGACGUGUGCUCGACGGGCCCCAGCGCCUGUCCGGUCAUGCAGCGAUGCCGCCUCACCGCCUGGAGCUCCGCCAGCCCCGAUCCCAAGUCUGAACUGACCCCGCCCAGAGAGAACGGACGGAUCAGGUAGCAGACGGACGGACUGAGGGAGGAGAGGAACACAUGAAGGAAGGCGUGGGGCUCAUGUCCUGUUUAGUGUCUGAUAUUUAUUUAUUUAAAAGUUUGUGAACGAUGAUGGCGAGGUGGGAGAGAAAGGAAACGAUGGGACGAACUUUGGAGGCAGCGACGGGAAGAAGAGACUCAGAUGUUGAGGGGAAGAAAAAAAAAAUCCUCCUUCAGUCUUCAUUCAGUCUGCUGCUCUCACUGUUACGUGGGACUACAAAGCUGUAUGUCAGAAGAACUUUAUACCUCUUGUUGUACGAGUGUUUCCCUGGAUCAGGACGUGUGUGAGUGUGUGUGAGUGUGAGUUUUACAUGUUCAGAUGCUGAAAACAAACGCGGUUGCUCAUUUUUAGGCCUGUUAUUUUGACAAAGCUUUGAUCAGGGGUUAGUUGGGGUUCAGUUUCAUGAGAUAAAUAGUUUUUUUAUUCUGCUUGUAUUUUAUUUACAGAAAAACUUUUCAAAACAAGAUCAGAGUUUAAUCCACGGCUAUGCGGUUUUCUCAGUCAUAGUUCUCAAAACUCACAGAAACAUCCUGGAAAAUAAUUAGUUGCCUAGAAAACUUUUUUUUUUUUAAAAAAAGGUGCAACAAAAUGACAUCGAGGUUGCACAAAUGUUCAUCCUCUAAUAUGUAUUUUGUCAGGUGUCCUCAGUGUUUUCUGGCUCGUCUACUUGUGAACCCUCCUCGUUGCUGGUUGUGACCAUUUCAACCAUAAAAACGACAUCUUUCUUCAUUUAAAUUGAAUCAUUUUCAGAUGUCUGAAGAGAUGUACGAUUAAUUUUCAGUUCACCAGAUAAAAAGAAAAGAUUUGAUGAGAGGAAAGACGUCCUGUUCCGUUCAUCAUCACAUGACCUCCAGGUCAGGAACCAUUUCCUUAGUGAAGUCACCUGACACAAAUUGGCAAAAACUUUUAAAAUUUAUAAUUGAUGUUUUGUGUAGCUCACAAUCUGUUUUCAAUGUUAUUAUGUAUAAUUGUUCACCAGAAAAAAAUCCCAAACAAGUAUUUGUUGAAGAGCAGAAACUAUUAUCUUAUUUCCUUAAGACAACAUUCUGUGUAACGACCUUUGUUUUGGUUUUUUUUUGCUCUGACGCCUCAUCGGCUGAGAGUCAAUUAUCCAGAAAUAAUUCAAGGUUUGAUAUUUUGAGAUAAUAUCCAGAAAGGUUGAGUCAAGAGUAACUGGUAUAUUUGAGAUAAUGCUGUAAUUAAAUCUCGGGGUUAACAAGCCUCGUUAGUUUCUUUGAGAUAAGAUUCCUCAGCUGUGAUUCAGAGAUAACGGGUCUAAAAAAAAAAAAAAAAAAAAAAAGCUAUUAGCAACCACAGACCUUCUCAUGCGGAGCCGCGCUGGUGUCGGGGAGGAAAAAAUUCACAUAAAUCAUUCCUGUAAAAUGACUAAUUUCUGAGCUCAAUAUACUUAUUUAAUUCCUUCUAAUUUGGUUAUUUGUUUGUUUGAAUUAGAAAGUUAACUUUACCCUCAACAGAAGCUUUAGCGGCAUGAACUUGUAAAAAAAAAAAGGAAUUAAAAAAACUUGUAGAUUUGACUUUUUGAAAAGGUUUAUAAGCUGUAAUUAACUUUAUUAAUGUUUCUAUUUCCAAACCAUUUACUUACAACAUGUUUACAACUAUUAACACUGACUAUUAACAAGCUGCUUCAUCAAUAACUAAUAUUUCUAUUAAGUCAACAUGUCUGCAGUCAUUAAUUAAAAGGGUUAUUGGUUUCUUAACUGGUAACCCAGAAGAUGUUCUUAUCAAUGAGUUUAUAACUGAUCUAUAAAACUGGACUCAUCUAUUUAUUAACAAUUAAUAUAUCCAUUAAUUACAGUUUAUAAUCUUUGUUUUAUUAGAACGUGGUCCCAAAAUAUGAAUACAUGAAGGUAAAAAUACAAGUCCUGCAUUCAAAAUUUUACUCAAAUUACCUUUUAAAGUACUUAAAGUACUUCUUUUACAGAAUGGAUCCUUUAUGUAUCAGUACAUGUAUUAUAUUAUUGGAUUAUUAUUAUUAUUAUUAUUAUUGAUGGAAGCAGCAAGUUAAUGAAGCUCGUUGAGGCGGAGCUGACUUUAGUUUAAUCUACAUCUAUUCUGAUAAUCGAUUAAUCGUUUUAGUCAUAAAGACCAACAUUUGCAUCAUUAAUUGAAUAUUUUGGACAAAACAAAACAUUUGAAGACGUCACCUUCAACUGUCGGAACAUUUCACUUAUCUGACAUUUUUAUGAACUAAACGAUGAAUCGAUAAUGAGAAUAAUUGUGAGCUGCAGCCCUGAAAGAGCAGCAUGUUUUACCAGCUGCUCCUCUUGUUUUGUAUGUAAAAUGUGAAUCUGCAAAGCUGUCAGAUAAAUGUAGUGAAGUGCAAUAUUUUCUUCUGAAUA